AUGAUGAUGGUGACCCCACGGUGUUUCUCACGAGCUACCCUGGUAUUGCUGUCGGUUAUCCUGAGUCUCCUGCUGUUUACCGCCCUCCGAGUUCACAAUGGAAUCCCGCCAACCGUCUCCAUCACAGCCGCUCAGUCCAUGGUUGAGAACCUAGCGGGGGAAUGGUUCCAUCUCGACCGACAGCACCCAGACAAAGUCUCACCCUUCACCCCGCAAGCGGACAAUGCCGCAGAAGAACCAAAACCGCCAGAGCUCCCGGUAGAAGGCAAAUCAAGUCGGAACCUCGCUCGACCUCCGGAGCUGGAAUACCUUCGACAGGAAAAGUUUGGCCUUACAGACACAAUCCGCUACACCCAGCAAUGCAUCAAACCCGUUUACGACAAGACCGUCGAUCGAAAUCUUGUCUCUAACAUCACCACCCCUUUCACCUCAGACAAAUCAACCAUCGGCGUCACCCUCAGCGACGAAAACCUCUCCCUCCCACCGUGCACCCCCAUCUCCCUCCCCGUUUCAAAACCCUACCCCAAAACCCCCCACCCGGAGCUCAUCUUCGGCGUAGCCUCCACCUACGAGCGUCUCUCCUCCGAGUCCACCCUCUCAGCAUUCGCCCACUGGUUGUCCCACUCCAAAUCAAGACUCAUCCUCACAAUAACAGAUUACCACUCCCUCCCCUCGCCCUCUGCCUCUUCAUCUUCCCUACUAAAACUGUACCACUCCCGCUCCAUCUUAGUCUCCGCCCUCCCCCCCCCUCCACCCCCCCCCCACACCAAGAAUUACACCACCCCCCAACUGCACUUCCUCCUCUUGUCGACGUUGUUAUCCUUUUCCACCCCCCAAACCACGUUUCUCUCCCUCAUCGACGACGACACUUUUUUUCCGUCUUUGCACCGCCUGUCGGUUGCGUUGGGAAGAUAUGACCCGUCAGUGCCGUUGUAUCUCGGUGCCAGGUCAGAAAGCAAAUCGGCGAAUAGACAGUACGGGGAGAUGGCGUUUGGGGGGGCGGGGUUGUUUGUUUCUGUGCCGCUGGCUAAGCAGCUGGUUCCCUACUUUGAGAGGUGUGCGGUUGAGUAUGGGGGGAGGGACAGAGGGGGGGAUGGGCUGUUGAGGGAUUGUGUUUAUGGGUUUACGGAAGUGAGGCUGACGGAAGUGAGGGGGUUGUGGCAGGGGGAUUUGAGGGGGGAUGUUUCCGGUUUCUUUGAGGGGGGAUGGGUGAGGAGGAGGGGGGGGGAGAGGCGGGGAGGAAGGGAGGGGAAGUAUCUUGAUCCGUGGCAUAACCCUGGGAUUCCACCGAGAGAUCACAAACGCGUGAAGAGAGAAGAGAGGGGGGGUGGUGCUGCUGGGGGAGGGGGGACGAGGAGGUAUCUUGACCCAUGGAAGAACCCUGGGAUUCCACCAAGAGAUCCCGAACAGCUCCGCCGGGAGGAGAGAGGCGGUGGUGCUGCUGGUGGCAGAGGUACCGGAAGGUGGAGGGGGGGAGAGAAGAGGGAGGACAGAGGCGGUGGUGCUGCCGGAGGGAAGGGGACUGGAAAAUGGGACAACCCUCCCAUCCCUCCCAGCGACGUUCAACACCUCCCUCGGGAAGAAAGAGGCGGUGGUGCCGCUGGUGGGAGAGGCACUGGAAAAUGGUACCACCCCUCCCCCCCCUCCCGCAUAUGGAUCUCCCUCACCGGUUUCCUCGACCGAGCAGCCAACCCCUCCAACCCCCAUCUCAAACACCUCCCCACACCCGACCUCCUCCGCCCUAGAGACAACCCCCCUUCCCCCCCCCUCCUAAGCCUCCACCACUACAAAACCUGGUUCCACGCCCCAAUCUCCCAAAUGUCUGCCAUCACCUCCCUCUGCGGCGAUUGCUUCCUCCAACGAUUCAAAACCGGCUGCAACACCACCACCACCACCUCCUCCUCCUCCUCCACCGUGGGUCUCUGGGUAAACGGUUACUCCUACACCGAGUUCCCUCCCGGCUCCUUCCCCGACCUCCAAAAAGUCGAAGCAACAUGGCAGUACGCCUCCUCGGGCGACUACGACGAAGCCUACGGCCCCUUGCGACCAAGGCUCGGAGAGGGACAAAAAAAGCAGUGGUUGCUUGUGGAUGCCUACUGGACUGGGGAAGGGAAGAGAAAGAAGCAGUUUAGACAGUUGUACAUCUACCGCGCACCAAGGGGGGAGGAUAAGAAGCCUGUGGAUGAGGUUUUGGAGGUUGUUUGGGAUGUGUAA